GUUGGUCAACAUUCCGCAUAUCGUCUCGGAAGAGAAAAAGGGAAACAACUGAGUACACAUAAACAGAUCUUCUGACAGAUUUAUGUGAAGUAAAUGAACACAGAACAAACUUCUCAAAUUACACCUUAGAUAGAUGUAUGGCACCUGCAGGCUGUGGUUAAAAUGAAACUAGACAACUAUGUUCUGUUGUCAGUCCUUAUCUGUCUAGUUCUGGUAUCAAAAGUCAAGUCAAUAAAAGUUGAAAAUUUACCACAAUGGCAACAAGUUUUUAUUAACCACACGACCUGGAAUGGACAGUACAUUUAUAACAAGACAUCAUAUGCAUGUCGUAUGGGAAUACACUCCAUAGAUGGUAAAGUUACAGCUUCACUGGUGGACAGUGCUACACAUAUAGACCUGACAGGUUAUUCGGUUUUUGGUAAAGUGAUAUUUAACAAGACAACUACCUACCAAUCCAGUGAGAGAUUCUCAGGAUCAUUCCAGCUUGCUGGUCAUAUACAGUGGGUACCUAGUCAUAGAUACUGGAUGUAUACAGCAAAUGUUACCAUACCAACUAAUAAACCUUUUACACUGUUCAAGUUCAUGAGUAAUACAGAAAAAACUACUGUGGAAGCAGAAAGUUCAAGAACCACAUCUAUAGUUUUGGGGGUUGUGUUUUCAUUGGCCAUCUUAGGGGUUGUUCUUAUGGCUGGUUCAAUGGUAUGGUCAUACAGAAAAGGACUUCUACGACAUAUUCCACUUAGUUAUAGAACAUUUAAAAAUCCUAAAGAAGAAAGACGAGCCUCAUUUGAUUCCAGGGAGGAAACAGUACAUAUAUGAUACAGUGCAAUGUUAGAUAAACUACAGAUACUUUUACCAAAUCUACACUAUAAAGUGCCAUGAGGGAUUCGUCUUGCCUAUUAUAAUUUGUGUAAAAUCCUGAUAAUAUCUCCCAGUAUAAAUUUUGUCUGUAAGAAAGAUCAGAACCAAAGACAAGCAUAGCCCAAAAAGAAAUUUCUAGAACAAGAUUGGGCCUUGAAAUCAUUAAAUUUGUACUGUUUGAAAUUAUCAACUUAACCUAAAAUAGGUGGUCAAUUACACUUUAUUAUAUGAUACAUGUAUAUACAGAUAAGUGAUUCAAACAUGUUCAAUUAUAUAAAAGUGUUAUUCACAUUUAUGUGUAAAUUCUAAGUAAAUUUGUUAUAUUAUGGGGUUGUCAUCUCUCUGUAACAUACUUAACAUUGUUUAUACAUGUUCUGUAAAUUCAUUGCAAUUCAUUUUACAUUAUUUCUUUUUUAUUCUAGCAAAUGUAAAUUUACAUAGCAAUGAAGAAAACCUUCUAAGGGUUGUUUUGUGAUUGAAACAUGUACGGUGACCUAUAGUUGUUAAUGUUUGUGUCAUUUUGGUCUUUUGUGGAUAGUUGUCUCAUUGGCAAUCAUACCACAUCUUCUUUUUUAUAAACUCUAAAUGCCAUGAAUUUAAUGUUUAAAUUAAUGUUAGAAUUGUUAUAAGUUUCAGUUUUAUUGCGGUAUGUAAUGAAAUUUAAAUUCAAUGCAUCAAUUUGAAAGACUAAUGAUGGAAAUAAGGAGAUUGACUCAUCUUGUGCUUAGAACAGAGAUAUUUAUUUAAAAGUACUAAAGCCCUUCUAUUCUUACUUGAGAGAAAUUUUGUAAAUACAGUUGUCUCAUUUUAAUAACUAGUAUUAUCAUGGUUAUACUACAUUCAAACCUGCCGUAGGGACCACCUCAAUUGAAUGACCACCUGCUGUUAACGACCACUUUUCAAGCCUACCAAUAUAUUUCCCUAUAUAAUAAAAGGUUUGCAAAAAGUGUGAUAAAGUAAAUGAACCUAUUUAUGAUGUGUAAACAUGACCAUUUGAAUUUUGCUUUUGGUUUUAAUUUCUGUCGACUUGCUCCUGCUCUAACUAUUGUUGUAAAAUGUUAACAACAAAUAAUUCAAAUUUAUCUGAAUAGUAAAAUGUUUUAGAGUUAAUAAAAUUAUAGCGAUUUUUGAAACAAUUUACUUUGAGGUACAGAGUAUAUGCUGGCAUUUACAGAAUUAAACACACAUUUACGUACGGUAACUGUAUGGUGUAUUGAAUGUGAUAUCUGUUUUGUUUGAUGAAGGAAUGGUUUAUAUUUUUAUUUCAUACGAUGAUUGAUUGACCAAAAAAAUAGUAGAAAUACAAAUUAUUGUGAAAAAUGUAAUACCUCUUUUAUCCUGGUAAUGAAAUAUUUAACAUUUAUAGUAAAUAUAUAGUGAAAACAGGAUGAAAUAUAUAUCACAGACAAUCAGUUUCUUUUUGAAAAGUACAGAUAUGUGUUAACACAUGUUGAUAGACCGGAAAAAAGUGUAGAGAGGAAUACAUUUACAUUCUAUCAGUUUAUGAGAAUAUAAAUUAUAAUUUUAUACACAAAAACAAUAUGUGAUAUAUUAUUCUAAUUGUAAUGUAUAUAUAGAAAGAUAUUCAGGAAAAAGAAAUCAUGUCACAUCUAAAUAAACACAUUCAGUUGUAUUUUCAUGUGGAUCAAAACUGUGCUGAACUUGCCCAAUAUAUGUAUUGUUAUUCCAAAACAUAUGUGCAACAAAUGAUUGUACUAUAUAUAUAUACUAGUACCAAUAAUAUUGCAGACUUGGGUAAGAGAUCAGCAAGAAUAUCAAAGGAUCAAAGGAAAAUUGUACAAAGUGCUGAUUAGAUAUUCUUUUGUGCUUUUAGAAUAGUAAGCUUACAGGAUUUUAUUUUAUUUAAUUUAUGCAACAUUUUUUUAUAUUCAUUUUGUAGAUAAUUUAAGUUUAAAGGUUAUCAUAUUUUGUCUAUAAGGUCUGAUUGUAGGUCAGAUUGUCACAUAGUAAUGACUUCAAUGUUAAUUAGUGCAUAAUAUUUACUGAUGAACAGGUUAGACAUGUUAGAAGAGCAUUUUAUGAGUUUAUGCUUCAUGAUUGAAGUUUUUUUGUGGCUUUUGACUUAUUGUACAAUUUUUUUUAUAUACAUGUUUGUGUUUGAAUUGUGUGUUAGGACUGAUAAAUUGCAUAUUAUUCAGUGAUAUAUGAUAAUACAGGGAAGACAUUUCUGUCAAUGUUCUGUGAUUUUUCAUAAAUGCUUUUUUCGCACUGAAAGGUCAAUAUUUAUGUAAUUGAUAAUUUUCUGGUUUGCUUCUGCUAAUGGAUUUUAGAA